UUGAUGCACUCGUCGCAUUGCUGCGCCUGCGGUGUCACUCCUUAUGAGCACCUCUGUCUGUAUAUACCUCCUACAUAGCUUAUACACACGUUCAGAGCCUGCGCUUCGGUCGCUCAUUACUGGGCCGCAUAGUACCCCCAUCCACUACCCGCCACCUACCUCCUGCAGGUAGUGGUGCCUCGGGUAUUCAUGACCUUCGUUUCUGCACUUUUGCUGUCGCUCUGCGCAGUGUCGCACGUCGUUGCUCAGGAUGGCGACAGCGGCGCCGUCUGGGCGACGCCCCACGACAGUUACUCUUCGUCGGUCGGUGUGCUUGGGUGCAAGGUCGACACCAAUCGCGUCGCCUACUGGCCCGGCUCCGUCGACUGCAACAACAUCUGCGUGUCUCUGAGCUACGAGGGCCGGUCCGUCAACCUGCUGCGCGUCGACCAGUCCCAGGGCGCCUUCGACGUCAGCUACGAUGCCUGGAACUACCUAUACACCGGCUACUCCGCCACCGAGCGCCCCGCUGCCGGCGGCGCCGUCCCCAUGGAAUUCGCGAACGUGGACGCCUCCCUCUGCGCCGACUUGAUCCACACCGACGGAGGCAAGCUCCCCCUCAGCGCGGCGAACAGCAUGAAUUUCUUGGCCAGCUGUCUCGGGCAACCCGAUAGUUGGGUGGCUAAAAACUACGUUCUCUACAACAUCCUCGACUCCACGUGCUCCUGGGGCCACGACGACGAGUGCGCCUUGGACUGGCCGAAUGCGAACCAAGCCAGCUGCGCGAGUUCGCUGGGCGACCCCGUGACGUUGACGUCCGCCCCGGUCUACAACAUCAGAUACCCCUCUGGCGAGACGGUCUUGGCCUCUUCCGGACAGAUUGUCGAGCCUCAGAAUGGCAAUCAGAACGUCAACAGCGCUGCUACUAUCGGCCAGGCUGGGAAGCCGCUUCGUUUAACCGGGUUGGGUUUGGUGGCGGCGGUAGUUUCAAUCUUCGUGGUCGGCACCAAUGCCUAUUCCUAAUAAUCUCUUUCUAAGUCACCCAUGUGCCUACCUCAACAGGAGGCUGUCGGGCCGCUAUUGUCGCCAUGAGGAAUGAUCCGGGAUCCUUUAGUAACUUCUGGAUUGCGCCCAAGUGGUCGCGCGGUUCGACGGCUUCUAUGUGUAUCUAAGUAGCAUUCCCGCACACAUGUUUAGGCAACAAGCUGCUCCCCGCCCUGUAUUAUCGU